AUGCAUCUCCUCCCCCUGCUCCUCUCAGGAGCAUGCUACUCCACCAUUGUCGCCGCCGCGGCCGCCCCCGCGGCGACGGUAUCCCCCCUCCCCGCCUUCAACAAACAAGACCUGAACGGGCCCGAGAUCUGGGGCUCGUACAAUGAAAUCGAAGACUGCGAGAUGCACCAAGCCAUCGAGUGCCUCCACGACCAAAUCUGCGCCCGCCGCAACGUGCCCAUCUACGGUAAGAUCCGCUGCACCAUCGGCAGCUCGGUCGCCUACCUCUGCAACUACCGCAAGAAGGGCGACAAGUUCGAAGACGAGAUCGAAGCCGUCGUCCGCGAGGGUAACCGCAAGAAGGAGGGCGGCGAGCUCACCUGUGACCAUCGCGAGAUGUACGAGGCCUGGAGGCAAAUACGCAUUGCCAAGGGGUCCCACACGGGCUGGUGGUAUGACGGCAAGGGAAAGAAGACGUACGGGUUUGACAGGCGGUGCAAGGACGGGGAGUGCGACAACGGGUGGAUGACGGGGAGCGAGUGGGAGCAGUGCACGAAUAUCAAGAAGAGCAAUAACGACUGGCUGUUUGACUAUGAGGCGCCCGAGUACCUCAAUUACACGGGGAGGUUUGAGCAGCACUUGCCUGAUCCGGCGAAUGAUUUCGAGCCGGUGUACUUCAACCCUUGGUAUGAGGGGAAGAGGCCGAAAUGA